UAAAGUUUGAUUCAUUAAAUAAUAAAUCAGUUAUCUAAUUGGAACAACCAAACAUAUUCAGAUUAAAAAUUAUAUUCAAAAUUUUAUAAAUUAUUACUAUAAAUAAUAAUUCAAGCAGAUAAAAACAAUUUUGUUAGAUUAUUUUAUUCUUUCACAAGCUAGUUUUACAAAAUGAAUCAAGGAUAAGGAAGCAUUCCAUAAAAAUAUCGCCACUAAGUUCGUAUAGGAAACUGGAGCGAAGAGUGGGAAUUAGAAAAAAUAAGAUUCAAAGAUUAUUUAGCUACAUAAACUAAAACAUCAAUUGCAUAAUAAAAGAUCGAAGCUGGUCAUCAAAAAGCUUCUCUCACUUAUUCAAGAGAUGGUUACAUUCAUUUUGGAGAUAGAAUUAUGCUUUAUAAUGAUAAGACAAGAGGUUAUUUAGUUUGUGAUAUUUGGGAAAAAUAUAACUAAAUAGAUGAAAGCUAUCCUGUGUCUACAACUGGAAAGACCUUCCCAUGUGCACGCUCUAUUUUCUUAAUACAACCUUGCCCUGAAGAUUACAAUCCUAGAUAAAACAUCUUGUGCUAUGGAUAGAAAUUUAAGAUUGUUGUCAAUCCUAGAAUGUUUAGAAAACCACUCUACUUAUCUAGCUAGCCUGCUGAUCCUUAAAGAAGUAAAAAAAACUCAAGACAAUAAGAUUCAUUCCUUUCUUCCAAGGAUAAUUUUGAUUCUGUUUGGGUUGUUGAGCAUAUUGACCCUUAAAUUAGAUUUGAAAUGAAUAAAUAACCUGUUAGAGCAAAUGAUCCUAUAAUCUUAAAACACUUCUAAACAAAUUAGUACUUAGCAAGUGAUGAGUAGUAAGUGAAGAACACUUAUGGAAUUGAAAACGAAGUUUUUGCUCUUUAAUAUUAAACAUAUAACAAAACAUAAAAUUUAAUUGCUGAAAAGAUGGGAAGAACUACAAUUGAUAUUCCUAUGAGAAACUAGCAUUCUUAAAACACUUGGUGUCUUGUUACAGCUGAUGAUCCAAUCUUAGAAUUUGAUGAGAGUGUUCUUGAUCGUAUAGAAACUCCUAAAGACAUAGUUUAAAAGUUACGCUAUUAAAUAUCUGCAAGAGGAUUCUUCAGUUUAAGAGGUCUUGAUUUUAUUUUUAGAGAUAUGGACUAAUAAAAAACAGGUUAACUUGAAUAUGACGAUUUCCGUUGGGGUUUAAGAAACUUUGGAAUACAAUCAACACCAGAAGAAGUUAAAUUAUUAAUGGAAGCUUAUGAUAAAAAUCUUAAUGGAUAUGUUGAUUAUCAAGAAUUUAUUUCAUCUCUGAGAGGAAGCUUAUCUGACAGAAGAAGUGAUUUAGUUUCAAAAGCUUUUGAAAAAAUAUAGCAAUAGUAUGGAGUAGUAAAUUUAGAAACUAUUGGUAAGGCUUACAAAGCACACAAAUACACAGAUGUUGUAAGAGGUCAAAAAUCUGCAAAGUAACAUUUCGAUGAAUUCAUAAAGGAAUGGUAGAUAAAAGAUUUAUUGAAACCAAUUUCAAAAUUAGAAUUUAUCCUUUUCUAUCAAGAUGUCAGUGCACUCAUUGAUAGAGAAGAAUAGUUUGAUUCUUUAAUUAAAUAAACUUGGGAAUUGUGA